AUGUUCCCUGAGGGAAUUACUUUUGAACAAGUGGAUCCUUACAACCUAGUGAAGGGAAGCAAGUUUGUCAGCAAGAAUGCUUUCAAGAAGCAUUUGAGGGCCUACUGUGUGAAGCAUAGACAUCAGGUCAAGUUUAAAGAUUCAAACAACUACAAGAUUAGGGUGAAGUGCAUUCAUCAUGAGAAGACCAAGUGUCCUAUGUUCAUUUAUGGAAGAGUUUUGAAGGGUGAAGGAACUACAUUUACUCUGAUAAGUUGGAAUGUGAAGCACACAUGCAAUGGAAAUGUUAAAGAGGAGAACAGAUGUGCAAAUCCAGAAUUUGUAGCUGACUGGUACAUGCAUAGGUUGGAGACUCUAGGUAGAAAAAACAAAAUCCCUGAUCCUGAGUCAUUGGCAAAUGAGUUCAACAAAACAAUGAAAGUGAACAUUAAGUACCAUACAGCAUGGAGAGCAAGAAAUAUUGUGUUGCAGAAACUUCAUGGAAGCUAUGAGGAGCAGUACAAGAAAAUUCCUGCAUUCUGUGAAAUGGUGAAGGAAAAAAUGCCUGGCAGUGUAUCUAGUUUCUCAUAUGGAAGCACAGACAACACAUUCUUGUCAAUGACACUCUGCUUCAAGCCUGCUAUAGAAGGAUUCUUGGAUGGAUAUAGGAAAAUCAUUGGAUUGGAUGCUUGCCAUUUGAAUGAAACCAUUGAGAACUGGAAGAUUUUUCUCAAAGACUUGAAAGCUAUACUGGGUCAAGACUUGCAUUUCACCAUUAUAUCAGACAAGCAGAAGGGGAUUAGUGAAGCUUGUGACAAAUACUUUUGCUUGGAUGAGCAGAGAUUAUGUUUCGGACAUUUGAUGAAGAAUUUCAAGAAGUAUUUUAAGUCAUACAGCUUACAUGUUCAUUUCUGGAAUGCUGCCAAAUGUUACAAGAAGAGACACUAUCAGCAACACAUGGAUAAAUUAUUUGCUGAGGAUGAAAAAGCUGCACUAUAUCUCAUAGAUCAAAAACCUAAAGCUGGUCUAGGUCUCAUUUCUCAAAUGACAGCAAGUAGGAAUGAAAGUGAAAACUGGCAGGAUGGUGAGAUAGUUCCAAAGGCAAUGAAGCUGAUUACAAAGAUGCAGGACUUAAAUCAUCUGUUUGAGUUAACUGGAGAUGUAAGGGGAAGGGUGUAUGAGGUCAGGAGUGUUCAUGAUGCUGUGUUUUUUGUGGAUCUUUCCAAAAAGAGCUGUAGUUGUUUGCAGUGGCAGCUGAGGGGAUUUCCCUGUCAACAUGCUAUAGUUGCUUUAACACCAUUGAGACCAAACUGGGUUGACUACUAUGACCCUGUAUACAGUGUGGAAUACUACAAAAAUACAUAUGCUCCAGAGUUUGAACCACUGUCAGCUGAAAUUGACUGGAAUAUACUGGUAGAGUUCAUUAAUCCUCCUGUUAUCAUAAGAAAAACUGGAAGGCCAAGAAAGAAGAGGAUUCCUUCUUAUGAUGAAGCUGGAAGUGUGAAGAAAAUGAAAAAGUGUAAGAAGUGUGGAGUUUAUGGUCACUAUGCAAUAACUUGUGCUGGUGGAGAGGUUGGAAAGAAUCCAAAGGGAGAAAAACCUAGAACCUGUGUUGAUGGCUCAACAUCAUCUACUCAUGUCCCUGAACCACCAAAAAGGAAGUACAAUAGAAAGAAACCGGUUGUUAGUGCUUCUACAGUUGCAUCUACUACUGCUAAGGAUGGAAUGAAGAACCAAAACAAUUCAGAAUCUUCUAAACAAGGUGCUGCAAAAGGGAGAAAGAGAAAGGAUUCUUCUCAACCUGCUUUCAAUCAGACUAAUCAACAUGUUGGAUCUGUCAACAACAAAGUCACCUUCACAGUUGCAGAUCCAAAGGGAAAGAAGAAACCAAAGAAGUACAUGAAAGUAUGA